CCGGAAAAACCGGCAUUGUAUUGGUUGUCUACUGUGACACUCUCAAGUCGUCGACCUCAAAAUACUUGGCAAUGGCUAGGAAGCGAAGCUCAAGAUCCACGACCGCCUUCAUCUUCUUCGCCUUCCUAUCUAUCAUAGUGGUUUGUGCCUUCGUCCCUGUCUUUGCUCCUCUCCCUUCUCUCACCUCUCACUCCAACCAAUCCCGCCGCCACUCUUCUCGGCACAAGAAAGAUGGUGUUUUAGCUGCCAAUCAGAGACUUUUUGCUGUUUCUAAUGUUACUGCUCGAAAUUUCGAGAUCUCCAAUGACAUGUUCUGGAAAGAUGGACAGCCUUUCCAAAUUAUUGGGGGUGACUUGCAUUAUUUCCGGGUUCUUCCAGAGUACUGGGAAGAUAGAUUACUGAGAGCAAAGGCUUUGGGUUUGAAUACCAUUCAAACUUAUGUUCCUUGGAAUUUGCAUGAACCAAAACCUGGAAAGCUAGUUUUUGAGGGGAUUGCAGAUAUAGUUUCAUUUCUCAAACUCUGCCAUAAACUCGGUUUCCUUGUUAUGCUUCGGCCUGGACCUUAUAUAUGUGCAGAGUGGGAUUUAGGGGGUUUCCCUGCCUGGUUACUUGCCAUAAAGCCAGCUAUCAGACUAAGAUCAUCAGAUCCUGAUUUCCUCCAUUUUGUUGAAAGAUGGUGGGAAAUCCUACUUCCUACUGUAGCUCCUCUUCUUUAUGAAAAUGGAGGCCCUAUUAUAAUGGUUCAGAUUGAAAAUGAAUAUGGUUCAUACGGAAAUGACAAACCUUAUCUUCAUCACCUAGUCACCUUGGCACGUGGUCACCUUGGGGAUGAUAUAAUUUUAUAUACUACAGAUGGAGGUUCUAGGGAUACUCUUGAGAAAGGAACCAUUCGUGGAGAUGUUGUCUUUUCAGCUGUUGACUUCACUACUGGUGAUGAUCCUAGGCCAAUAUUUGAGUUACAAAAGGAGUUCAAUGCCCCUGGAAAGUCACCGCCACUUUCAGCGGAGUUUUACACAGGUUGGCUUACGCAUUGGGGAGAGAAACUUGCAGAGACUAAUGCUAAGUUUACUGCAGCUGCUCUGGAAAAUAUUUUGGCACAAAAUGGUUCUGCUGUGUUAUAUAUGGCACACGGCGGUACAAACUUUGGAUUCUAUAGUGGGGCAAAUACUGGUGGAGAUGAGACUAAUUACAAGCCUGACCUUACGUCUUAUGAUUAUGAUGCACCGAUUAGGGAAUCUGGUGAUGUGAACAAUGCAAAAUUCAAAGAACUUCGGAAGGUUAUAAAGCAAUAUAGCGCAGCGUCUAUUCCUUCAGUGCCUUCCGAUAAUGAAAAGACAGGAUAUGGCCUAAUCCACUUACAGAGAAAAGAACUUUUCUUUGAUAUCCUGAAUAGGUUGGAUUCCAUUGAGGUGGUUGAAUCUGAAAAUCCGAUUUCAAUGGAGUCUGUGGGCGAGAUGUUUGGUUUCGUACUAUAUGUAUCUGAAUAUCCUUCAAAGGAAGAUGGAAGCAUUCUAUUCAUACCAAAGGUGCAUGACAGAGCCCAAGUGUUCAUAUCAUGCUCUUCUGAAGAUAAUGGUAGAAGACGAAUAUUUGUUGGUACAAUUGAAAGAUGGUUGAAUCGAAAACUUGGCCUUCCCAAAACUAAAUGUGUCUCAAACAUCAGCUUAUAUGUUUUGGUUGAAAAUAUGGGUCGCGUAAAUUAUGGGCCAUACAUGUUUGACAGGAAGGGUAUAUUGUCUUUUGUUUAUCUGGAUGGGAGAAUUCUGCACCAAUGGAAAAUGCUCUCAAUUCCUUUGAACAACCUGAACAAGGUCCCAAGAGCUAAUCGCAUCAUUCAGGUUGCAUAUUCCGAAUUGAAAAAAACUUCAGCCCGCAGAAAAGCCAAAGAGAAUGUUUCAGAAGAACCAGCAUUUUAUGCCGGCCAUUUCUCUAUUGACAAUGUAAACCAUGUUAAAGACACAUUCAUAUCAUUUAGAGGUUGGGGUAAAGGGAUUGCAUUUGUCAAUGAAUUUAAUAUUGGAAGAUAUUGGCCGAUGAUGGGGCCACAAUGCAACCUUUAUGUCCCUGCUCCAAUUCUUCAGCAUGGGGAAAAUAUUGUGGUUUUACUUGAGUUAGAAUCUCCAAACCCUGAGCUUGUGAUACAUUCAGCUGAUCAGCCAGAAUUCACAUGCGGAUCAAGUAUAGCACACGUGCGCCAGCUGUAGCACCCCAAGGAAAGCCCCGGUCCUUGUUGAACGCCAAUUUGAGAAUUCUGAAUCUCCUGAAGGUCUAUCCCACUCCCAGGACGUCUCCGCAGCUUGGUUUUUGCUCUCAAGUACACCUAAGCCCAGCCAGCCUCUUCAUAAUUUUUCCUCUCCUUACAAGUUGUCAAUUGAUUGAAAGGAUACAGCACAUGAACAUCCCAUCCUGGAGUAAUUUUCCCUUCUAGACUGUCAAUUGCGGUCUUUAGCUUUGUGGGUUUUGCUUUUGCUUUUUUCCUUGCUGUGGUAGUGAUACCCCUCAACCAGAGGAAAAACUUUAAUGCACCAUGUAUUUUGGAUGUGAA